CAGAAAAAGGUGGACGAUUUCGAAAUUGUCAUUCGACAAUUUAGAACCGAAAUGGAUCGGGAAUUGAAAGAAAUAGAAGGCAUCUACAAUGAGCAGCUAGAGGAGCUCCGGGAAGCCUGGAUCGAUUCGCUGGCUCAUUUAGAGGACAGAAUUGAUGACAUAUUAGGGGUUGUAGACAAUAUGCAGGCCCUGAUAUUGGAAGUGAAGGGGAAAGAACAAGUAACACCAAAGGACGAACUCACUGAUGAGAGUUACGAAACUGCUAUGGGGAGCUCCUCAAGCAGUGAAAACACUGCAGAAGAGCAACCCAAAAGCAGCGAGGGCUCUGAUAUCAGUGAGGGAGAAGAACAGGAAGGAUCUAAGAGCGGUGAGACAAGUGAGGAAAAAAGAAUGGAGACCACUGAAGAUGCAGAGGAGAAAAACACUGUAAAGCGAGUCAGCUUUGCAGAAAACCUCUGCACUUUAUAUGCGAUCCCACAAUGGAAGCACAAAAAAGAAGGCAAAUUUCUAAGAUUCUUUAGAAGAAUCUUUAGAAAGAAAUCUAAGAAAGGUGGGAAUAAAGAAAACACAGAAAACUGUGAUGAAAGUGGGCAACGCACAGAUGACAUGGUAAAAGGGUCCACAACCAAAAGAGAUGUGCACUUUGAUGCAAAUCUCUCUACUUAUAAUGAUGGGACCCGGCAGUGGAAGAGCACAAUGCUUGACCAUGACGAAGAUCUGCUGCAGAAUGAUUAAUCAUAGGAAGCAAUGAGAAAAUGAAA